AUGCAGAAUCUCUGCUACCUGGCUAAACGGAACGACGCGUCGAGCGCUAUCAGCGAUUUAAAUAAGUUAAUCAUCCACCACAACGUCUCCAAGUUCCAGCCAGCAGUGAAAUCUGACAACACCCUACCAUAUGCGAACCACGAGAGCGUGAAGGAGAUGCAGGAAGCCAUGAGGGACGUAGUACGACAACAGCUGAUCGACGACAUAAGAGACAGCGACAUGUACGCCAUGAUGUGCGAUGAGUCUACGGAUGUGUCUAAUGAAAAGACUCUUGUUGUAUAUGUGCGUUAUGCAAAACGUGGCAGGGCUGAAACAAAAUUCUUUGAAGUAUCGGAAAUAAAUGGGGAUGAAUGUAAUGCCGUCGAACUAUGUGAGACGAUCAGCAGAGUUUUAGAGUCAAUGGGUGUCAACCUUGAAAACAUGUGCUGCAUCACUACUGACGGUGCGAGUGUGAUGACAGGUGUACGUGGAGGCUUAACAACACUCCUGAAAAGAAGAGAUCCCCAUCUUCUGAGCAUCCACUGCAUAGCACAUAGACUGGCCCUGGCUAGCGGACAAGCAGCAGACAAGGUGCAAUAUUUAGUAAAAUAUCAGGCCAUGAUUAAUACCAUCUUUAAAUAUUACAACUAUUCACCCAAACAUCAGUCUAGGCAAAGAAAAUUUCAGGAAGUGUAUAAAAUGGCCGAAAAAAAAUUCAAGCAGACAUUUCAUACACGCUGGCUCUCAUUUGAAGGAGCUGUUGAUGCUGUCAUCAUCAACUACGACGCUCUCCUUACGUGCCUUGAGAUGGAGGUAGCUGAGGACAGUGACCCAGUGACUGUUGGCUUGCUGAAUUUUGUCAGCAACUACAAGUUCUUGUCAACGUCGUACAUGCUUCGAGAUCUGCUGUCGAAGUUAUGUACAUUGAGUUUGGUCUUCCAGAUGACAGAUGUCAACCUGACCCAGCAGACCAUCACUCUGGAAGCCACUCUGCAGUCCCUUCAGGAGAUGACAACAACCCCUGGCCCCAUUUUCUGGCCAGCCUACCUGAUGGUGCUGAACCCAGAGAAUCUGCCACAAAAUUCCACAGACUUAGCCACCUAUGGAGACCAACAGAUCCAUGACCCGGGAAAGCACUAUGGUCCCAGCAUUACCAACCAACAAUCACCAAUGACAGUAAGUGAAAAACACCUCAAGUGUGAGUGGUCCUUAUUCAAACAUCACAUGGACAAGAACUACCGGACAAUUACAUUCUCCAACAUGGCAGAGACUGUGCUCACAAGCAAAACACUGGUGGCAUCUUACCCUAACCUCUGCAAGAUCAUGAAGAUUGCCAUCACUCUGCCACUCUCAACUGCUGACUGUGAAAGAGGUUUCAGCAAGUACAACUUAAUUAAAACCAAACCCCGAAAUAGACUCACCCCAGACAGUGUAAAUACUCUAAUGACAAUAACAGUUGACACACCAGAUCUUGACCACAUGAAGGACUUCAACUUCUGCAAGGCCUUCGACCUAUGGGCAUCCACCAAACAGGGAAAGAUCAACACAUUCUUUAAAUAA